CGGAGCCCCUUUUCCUAUUGGCCGUUGGGUAGCAGCACUGCGCUUCUCCGAUUGGUCGGUGUUGAAGGCGCGUGGCCGCCGAUUGGGCGGUAUGAGUCGGCGCUGAUUGGUGGCGGUUGAGCGGCUCCUGGUGCCCGCGUGGAGGAAAUCCUUACUGGAAAAAGGCUUUUCAAUUAUGGCAAAUAUCAUUGGUAACACUUCAGACAGGUGGGAAACUCAUACUGCAAUGCUGGUGGAACCCCUCAGUACCAAUGAUCCAGAGGUAUAUGACAUCAUUAAGAAGGAGAAGAGCCGUCAGAGACUUGGCUUGGAGCUCAUUGCCUCUGAGAACUUUGCAAGCCGAGCUGUGUUGGAGGCUCUGGGCUCGUGCAUGAAUAACAAAUAUUCUGAGGGGUAUCCUGGACAGAGGUAUUAUGGUGGCACUGAGUUUGUAGAUGAGUUGGAACGGCUGUGCCAGAAACGAGCAUUGGAUCUAUACAACCUUGACCCAGAGAAAUGGGGAGUCAAUGUCCAGCCAUAUUCAGGCUCUCCAGCGAACUUUGCUGUUUACACAGCUCUCGUGGAGCCACAUGGGAGAAUCAUGGGAUUGGACCUUCCUGAUGGUGGCCACUUGACCCAUGGCUUCAUGACUGAAAAGAAGAAAAUUUCUGCCACGUCCAUCUUCUUUGAGUCAAUGCCAUACAAGGUAAACCCUGAAACUGGUUAUAUUGACUAUGACAGGUUGGCAGAUAACGCCCAACUCUUCCACCCAAAGCUCAUCAUCGCAGGGGUGAGCUGUUACUCCCGUAAUCUGGAUUAUGCCAGGAUGCGACAGAUUGCUGAUGACAAUGGUGCCUACCUGAUGUCAGACAUGGCACACAUCAGUGGCUUGGUGGCAGCCGGGGUGGUGCCCUCUCCAUUUGAAUACAGUGACGUGGUUUCCACAACAACACACAAGACCCUCCGUGGCUGCAGGUCCGGGAUGAUCUUCUACAGAAAAGGAGUUCGCAGCACUGAUCCGAAGACAGGAAAGGAGAUCAUGUACAACUUGGAAAGUCUGAUCAAUCAGGCAGUUUUCCCGGGGCUGCAAGGUGGGCCCCACAACCAUGCCAUCGCAGGAGUUGCUGUUGCACUCAAACAGGCGAUGACUCCAGAAUUCAAGCUUUACCAAAAACAGAUUGUGGCAAACUGCAAGGCUCUUUCAUCAGCAUUGGUGAAUCUGGGAUACAAGAUUGUUACUGGUGGCUCAGAUAAUCAUCUGAUCCUGGUGGAUCUACGCAACCAAGGCACAGAUGGGGGCAGAGCUGAGAAGGUUCUGGAAAAGUGCGCCAUUGCUUGCAACAAGAACACCUGUCCAGGUGACAAAAGUGCCUUACGUCCCAGUGGCCUUCGCCUGGGAACACCAGCUCUCACCUCCCGAGGAUUCCAGGAAGAGCAUUUCCGCACAGUCGCAGCUUUCAUUCACAGAGGGAUCCAGAUAACACUGGAGAUUCAGAGAGACGUUGGUGCAAAGGCAUCACUCAAAGAAUUCAAAGAGAGGAUGAUGACUGACAAGGACUACCAGAGCAAGAUCAGACAACUAAAGGAGGAAGUGGAGAUGUUUGCGUCCAAAUUCCCAAUUCCUGGGUUGGCUGAUCUUUAAAGCAGCAAAGCCUGGAAUUGCAGCAGCUAAACUUGUGGGAUUUGUUUAAAAUGCACAACAGUGUUGCUUUUCGUGCUGACCUAUCCCUGAAGUGAUUAAAAAUUCCAUUAAAUUAAGAGGUCCCUUGUGAUGCAAAGAAUUAGAAUUAUUUCAUGACAGCUCAGGAAUCCUGUCAUUAUUUCAGGGCCUUUUUGAUUACUGUAUUUCAUGUUUGAGAGAUUUGCCCAAGUCUAUGCAAAACCAAUGGUCGUGUUUCUCACCUUCAAGAGGUACUCUUCCCACUCUCCUCAGGAUCAUUGCUUGAUUGUCGCCUGAUGAGAAACCACACUUUAUUCCCCAGGCUUAUGGGGCUUUUUACAGUUUAUAUAAUUGGUUUUUAAAUGAACACCUCAAGCUGAUU